UUGAGGGAUCCGCCUUUUUAAAUGGCCGACCACGUGGAAGAGCUGAGGAAAUUCCUUUCGGACACAUCUCGCCCUGAUCUCCAAUCAGUUGCAGUAGAUAUCAUUCUAGGAUUGUCUGGAACGCCUGAAGGUUGCGAUGUGAUUAUGAAGGAAGAUGGCAUUGCGUACCAUAUUGUGAGACAUGCUACUGAAUUAGAUCUCCCAUCAUCACUUAAAGCUUCACAAGUAUUAGUAAAUGUGUCUGCUAUUGAAAACUGGGUAGAGAAACUUCUGACUACACAUGAUACUUUAAUGCAAAAAUUGCUACAAGUACUAUUAAGACCAAAGUCUAUUACUAAAGAGAAUGUGUGUAUGACUCUUUCAAACAUAACUCGUCUUGAAAAAGGAUCAAGUCUGUUUGGUAAUUAUUUGUUUUCCUAUCCUAGUACAAUGUCUCUCGAUAUUCUGGUUGAUCUAUUUGAUAAAGAUACAUCGGAAUCACUAGAUUACUUAGCUGAAGUGUUCUCGAACGUUACCCAAUUGCUAUCUUUUCGACAGUGGUUUCUAAGUAAACCAGGAUAUGAUUCUCUCCUACGUCUAUUGCCCUACACUCGGUAUAUGAAAUCUGUAAUUCGUCGGAGCGGUAUCGUCGGAUUGCUAAGAAAUCUCUGUUUUGAAAUAGAUCAUCACAAAUGUUUGCUUGGUGAAGAAAGUGACUUUUUGUGUGCCCUCUUGCUUCCACUGGCUGGCCCAGAGUCUUUUACUGACGAGGAAAAUGAUCAGCUGCCAUUAGAUUGCCAGUAUCUUCCGGAUGAUAAAGAAAGAGAAGAUGUCCCUGAUUUGAGAAAAAAGCUACUUGAGUCAUUACUGAAACUUUGCGUAACACCAUACGGUCGUCAUUAUCUAAGACGUCACGGAGUCUACUUCAUAUUACGAGAGCUACACAAAUGGGAACCAGUUCCGAGUAUUAAAGAGGACUGUGAAAGUGUCGUUUCUAUUCUUAUCUCUGAUGAACCGCAAAAAGAACUAACACUCCAGUAACAGCUUUAAUAUUAUUAACUUAACAAAUUUUAGUUUUAGUUCACACAUUAUAAUUAUUUUUUAUUUUAUUAUUGUCAUAAACGACAGGAAGAAACUGCA